GCCCCCGCCCCGCGGCCGCGCCUCCCGGGACCGCGGCCGGCCGAGCGCGGCGAGCCCCCGCGAUGGCGGGCUGCGAGGAGGUGAGCGUGUCCGGCUUCGAGGAGUUCCGCCGCGCCGUGGAGCAGCACCACGACAAGACCAUCUUCGCCUACUUCACCGGCUCCAAGGACGCCGGCGGGAAGAGCUGGUGCCCCGACUGCGUGCAGGCCGAACCGGUCGUACGAGAGGGGCUGAAGCACGCCAGUGAAGGAUGUGUGUUCAUCUGCUGCCAAGUGGGAGAGAAACCUUGGAAGGAUCCAAAUAAUGACUUCAGAAAAAACCUGAAAGUGACGGCAGUGCCUACACUACUUAAAUAUGGAACGCCUCAAAAACUGGUGGAAUCUGAGUGUCUUCAGGCCAACCUCGUGCAGAUGUUGUUCUCUGAAGAUUAAGAUUUGAUGCUGGCAAUUGUGUCUUGAUUUCCUGAUCUCCUCUAGUAUAAAGGCAAUUGCAUACUUGCUUUGAAUUCAUGGUAGCAAUAAAUAAAUAAUGAUGUAAAAAAAAAAAA